CGACCACCCUAUAGAGCGACUGUGAGCAUUGAGAUGAGGCUCGGUUCCUAUUGAGCGCUCGGCUUUCCUGGCUUAUACACAGGGGAGGGGUGUGGCCACACUAUGCACCCCAAACGGUCUCAAAACUCAAGGGCCAGCAGGUAAACAGGGUCAUUACAGUAGCCGCGGGUCAGAAAAACGACAACCCAGGUAGGAAGAGGAGGAGUUGGCAGGGAGCCUUGGGCCCCUCUGGCCUCAGCCGGAUUUCCCAGCCAAACGCCGGGAAGAGAUGCCCUGGACCAUCUUGCUGUUUGCAGCUGGCUCCUUGGCGAUCCCACCACCAUCCAUCCGGCUGGUGCCCCCGUACCCAAGCAGCCAAGAGGAUCCCAUCCACAUCUCAUGCAUGGCCCCCGGGGACUUCCCGGGAGCGAAUUUCACACUGUAUCGAGGGGGGCAGGUGGUCCAGCUCCUGCAGGCCCCCGCGAACCAGCGUGGAGUGACGUUCAACCUGAGUGGCGGCAGCAGUGAGGCUCCAGGGGGACCCUUCCACUGCCAGUAUGGAGUGAUAGGCGAGCACAACCAGCCCCAGCUGUCAGACCUCAGCGAGCCCGUGAACAUCUCCUUCCCAGGUAAGGUCCUCCUGUGGGAUCUCACUGCCAGGAGCUUCAUUUCCUCACACGGACCUCUUGUAUGUACUGUUUGCUUGGAGGCCUUCCCAAAAAGAGCCAGGCUUAUACCCUGCCAGGACUUACUCGUCUUUCCUUUUCCAUAUUCUCAGCCAGCCCAAAAGGGCACUGAGCUGAAGUCAGUUAACAAGUCUGACUUCAGGUAUGGCUAGAUCCAGGUGCUAAAAGCUGUCAAGAACCAUUUGCCCCAUCUCCACUCCACAUUCUUCUCUGUCUUAUUGUCAGUCAGUCCAUCUCCCUCCUGGUAGCAAAAUUGGUGCUGUGAUUCUUCCCAUUUUGUAGAUAAGGAAACUGAGGCACAGGAGGUACACCUUGUACACAGGUAAAAGGUAGCCAAUCUGGAAUGCCACUGCCUUCCAAAAACCACGAAUUAUACCUCUGUGAUACACAUUACUUCCCCUCUUGGCCAAAUAUUUUUUUUUAUUGUUUUUUUUAAUGAGACAAGGUUGUCGAAACUAGAGGGUAAUGGCAAAAACAUAGCUCACUGCAUCCUCAAAUUCCUGGCCUCAAUCGAUCCUCUCACCUCAGCCUCCUGAGUAGUUGGGACUGUAGGUGUGUACCAUCAUGCCCAGGUGAUUUUAAAAAUUAUUUUGGAGAUGA